CAUUUUAUAAAAAAAUGACGGUUUUGCGGAAACGAAAGAGGGGUUAAAAUCUCCUCCUCCUCCUACUCCCGCCGCUUCAUUUCCGCCGCCUCCGAUUGACCGUCGUUCGGCGGUGGUCGCACGCACAACUUAACCUAAUCUCACCCGAUUCCACCGAUAAUAAUCGAUUAUCCCGCUGGCUUUCUAAUCAUCAGGGUAUCUGAUGAACGGACAAUUUCAUGCAUUGCAUCAGUAAAACGUAAAAAAUGAAACCAAAUACCAACGGGAUGUCCGGUGCACAAAGGGGGAAAACGUUUCAGGGUCAAGGGCCAAAUUGGAUUCUCAUAGCAGGUGGUGCUUUAUUGAGUACACUAUCGGUCCGUCUUGGUUACAGGCUCAAACAGGCUCUGGACUCAAAGCAGCCACAAAAUAAUAGCAACGGUUUAAAAGAAAACGGGAAACUCACAGCCGGAAAGAGGCCAGGAAAAUGUCGUUCACAUUCACACUUGUAUUGUUUUGAACAGGAGGAUGGUUGCUUUAAUUGCGUUUCAGAAGGCGACACCGAGAUUAAGCCACAACACAAUGGUCAGUUGCAUACAGAACGUGAAAUGGCACUCCCGUUAGUGACGGUUUCAGCUCCCGUAUACAACAAAGAGAGCGGCGUACUAUGGGCCACUUCACCAGACAGACUCGAACUACCCCAGAAGCCAUUUCACCGUUCAAAUAGCUCUGAUUCUCCAUGCGUCUCCGAAUCAGGCUCCGACAUUUUCACUAAGCGCGAGGUAAUUCAAAAACUGCGACAACAGUUAAAAAGACGAGACGACAUGAUUCUCGAAAUGCAAGAUCAGAUUGCGGAGCUGCAGAAUUCUUUAACCUCACAACGUUCCCAUUCAGACCAUCUGCAAUCCCUAUUAGAAGCCGCAAACCGGGACCUUUUUGACUCAGAGAGGGAAAUUCAGAGGCUAAGAAAGGCAAUUGCCGAUAUCUGUGUAGGACAGCCGGGCUCUAAUGAAAAACUGUAUGGAAACUCAAACGGGUAUGCAGACGUUGAUGGCAGCUUGGAUACAGCAAGAAGCGGAAACGAAGUUGAUAAAAUGGAGAUUUUGAAAAAGGAAGUGUGUGAGUUGAAAGAAUUGAUAGAAGGGAAAGAUUAUUUACUUCAGAAUUACAAGGAGCAGAAAUCGGAGCUUUCUUUGAAGGUGAAGGAGUUGCAGCACAGGUUGAAUUCUCAUGUUCCCAACAUUUUGUAGGAUUUUUGGUUUUCCGUUUUAACAUCCUGUGUAUUCUUCUUACUUUUCUUCCUCUUAUGAAUCUAAAAGCUCCAUUUUUACUUUUGUUUUGGGUGUUUUAUGAUUUGGUGUGAAUACGAAUACGGUACUAGCUUCAACAAUGAGCUGAGAAUAUUUACUUUCUUUUAUAUA